AGUGGGGGUGGAAUGUAAAUUGGGAAACCAUGGCUGCGACCUGGCAGCGCAUCGAGACGGGUUUUGCGGAUUAAUCAACCUUCGCUGGAGUCAUUUGUCCGAGUAAAAAAUAACCGACCUGCCGAGACCUCAGAUAUAUCAUGGUUGUGCGCAAAAGGAUAAGGAGGCGUGCGUUUUAGCGUCGGGAAAGCACUAAAAAGCCGCAGUUUGAGUAUAAUGAUAGAACUGGUAGGCACCCGAGUGAUCAGAGGCCCUGACUGGCACUGGGCAGACCAAGACGGAGGCCCAGGCUCUGUUGGGACGGUGGUCGAAGUCGGUCGGGCGGACGCCAACACCUCUCCAGAAGGAACGGUGGUUGUGCUGUGGGACAACGGCUACCGUUCCAACUACAGGACUGGGUUUCAAAAUGCUUAUGACCUGAGAGUCGUAGACACAGGCCCAGCCGGGGUCAAACACGGUGAUGUUUUGUGCAACGAGUGCAAGCAUACGGCGAGCGACAAGAAACCUAUAUCCGGAUGCAGGUGGGAGUGCAGGAUUUGUGAUGACUACGACCUUUGCUCGCUUUGCUAUAUGUCCAACAUGCACGAUCUCGGCCAUAUAUUUUACAGACAUGAUUCUGAGUCGAGUCAAGUCGUGGAAAUGCCUACCAGGAGAAACAGCCACACUGUCGAGUUGAAAGGCAUAUUCGCGGGGGCGAAGGUCACAAGAGGAGCCAGCUGGACUUGGGGAAACCAGGAUGGCGGAGAAGGAAAGGUUGGAGAAGUGGUCGAAAUCCAGAAUUGGCAGAAGGAGAGCUACAGGUCAGUGGCGAACGUCAAAUGGACCUCUGGAGGCACUGCCAAUUUGUACAGACUCGGCCACAAAGGCCAAGUGGACCUGAAAGCUCAUUCUCCUUCCUCGGGAGGAAUGGUUUACGUAGAUCAUCUGCCGAUUUUAGGCUAUUCUAAUGGGGAAGUCAGCAAGCCUCAGAGAAAUUUCAAUUCGCCAAGACAUCGUCCUGUCUUAAGUAUCGGCGACAAGGUCAAAGUUUUAGUUACUGCCGAGGAGCUGCAAAAAAUGCAAGUGGGACAUGGUGGUUGGAAUUCUAGAAUGGCAGAGUUCAUCGGCAAGGUUGGAGUGGUGCAUCGAGUGACAGACAGAGGAGACAUUCGUGUUCAGUACAACAACAGCAGUAACCAACGCUGGACCUUCCACCCUGGUGUCUUGACCAAGGUGCACGCAUUCUUGGUCGGUGACCUAGUCAGGGUCAGCGACGACCUGGAAGCCGUGAAGGAAAACCAGGAGGGCCAUGGCGAUUGGGUGGACGCUAUGAGAGGCGUUCUGGGCAAGGUGGGCCAAGUGCAGGAGGUUUACUCGGACGGCGAUCUCAGAGUGGCCGUCAAGGGCCAGCCGGUGUGGACGCUGAACCCGCUGAGCGUCAAAGCUGUCCCGGUCACUCCUGAGAGGAAGAGCAAGACGAGUGAAGAUAUCAAAAAUAUUGCAGAUCUGACUGCGAUGUUUGGUGAACUGGAAAUUGCCAGCGCCACGGGGAGGAAGGAUAUGAUCAAAGAAUUUGUCACUGUCCACCCAAAUAAUGUGGACAUGAAAAGCGCUGGAAAAACCCUUCUGCAAAUUGCAGCCCACGAAGGCAAAAUAGAAAUCGCCGAAAUAUUGCUGGAUGCCAAUGCCUCCCUGGACGAGGUUGACGACGAAGGCGACACUUCUCUUCAUUAUGCUGCUUUUGGUCAAAAGGCGGACAUGCUGAAAUACCUGAUUUCAAGAGGAGCCUCAGUUGAUUUUCCAAGCAGGAAGCAGCAAACGACUGCUCUGCACGUGUCUGUGAUUAAGAAUAAUAUCGAAUGCGUGAGCGUUCUGCUCAAAUACCAGGCGAACGUCAACGCUCAAGACUGUUUUGGAGACACGCCUGUGCACGACGCGGUUGGCAAAGGCUACGACGCCAUCCUCGACCUGCUGCUGAAAUCUCCAAACCUGGAUCUGAUGCUGAGGAACAAGCGCGGCUUUAAUGCCCUUCAACACGCGGCUCUCAAAGGAAAUGACUAUGCUGUGAAAAAACUCAUCGAGGUUGGCCCGCUGAUGGUGAAUGUGAAGAAAGAUGAUGGCUUCGCACCACUUCAUUUGUCAGCUUUAAAUGGCCACUUCUCGGUUGUGGUAGCUCUUCUUAACGAAGGAAAUGCUGACGUUAAUGUUUGUAAUAAUCGCAAGCAAACUCCUCUUCAUUUGGCUGUCAACCAGGGCGAAGGUGGCGUGAUAGAGCAGCUGUUAGUGAUGGGUGCAAACCCCAACAUGCAAGAUGACAAUGGAGACACAGCCUUGCACAUAGCUCUGAGCAAGGCGUGUGGCAAGCCAGACUACCAGGUCAAUGGCGCCAACUGCGGAUUUAUAGCCAAUUUUGAGGGAAUGAACCGCAGCAAAUUUGGGGAGGCGUACGGUUGCGCUGGACUCGCCAUAAUCAGCUAUUUGAUUUUCAUGGGCAACGACCUGGACAUUGCCAACAACCGCAAGGAGACGGCAGUGAAUCUCGUGAACCAACUUGCCAAGCACUUCCCUCUGAUCUUGGAUCUCAUCAAAUUGCACUCGAGCAACACUGACCGGCAAAGUAGGUCGAUCGAGAGCGGAACAACCGAGAAGAGUCAGGAGAUAUUGACGCCUCCGCCUUCAACCUCAAAGCCGGUCCCUCCCAUGAAUCUGCUUGAGUGCUCUGUGUGCUCCGAGCAAGACCAGAACGUGCGGUUUGAGCCCUGCGGAGACGUGGUUGUGUGCGAAGAGUGCGCGGGCAGGAUGAAGAAGUGUUUGUUCUGCCACAUUCCGAUUCAAAAACUAGUCACAAAAUCUGGAGUUGUCGUCAACAGGAGAGAAAUUCAGUCAAGCACGGACAAGUUGCGCGUCCUCGAGAGCAAAAUCGCGGAAAUCGAAGAGGCCAACUGCUGCUCCAUCUGCAUGGAGCGGCCAAGGAACAUUGUCUUCCUGUGCGGUCACAGUGCCUGCGACACUUGCGCGCAGCCUCUCAAAGUGUGCCAUAUGUGUCGGAAACCGAUCACAAACAAAAUCAACAUAUUUUAAAAUAUACCCGAUUUCGGGAUUAUUGUGAUUUCGAUUUAUUUGAGAUUUGUAUUGAUCAUGCUGUUUUUAAAUAUAUCACGCCUUGUGCCAUCUGAUGGCACCAUAGUAACCAUGAGGAAAAGUAUUACCGCAUGGUUAGAUAUUUUCUAUUUUUGACACCUUGUGUGAAGCAUUUUAUCCACUUUCUUUUUGCUGCUCUCCACUCGCCAUUUUAAUCAGCACUUUUGUUUUGUUUCACUGUAUGUUCCUAUUUGACAAUUGUGCACCUUGGUUUGUUGUCAUGCGUACUUUUACUGCUGAUAAUUAUGACAAAAUUUUAAAUUGAGAUGUACCCAGACAUUUUAAUGCGAGCGAUAAAUAAACACAAAUUAAGACUGCUCAUAA